UGUGCCUCCGAAGCCUCGCGCCUCCCCUGUGUGCUCGCUUGGUUUUGGUCGGAGUCCACACUUCGGUAGCACACAAGCUAACACGAUGUCGCGGGUGUAUAUCGGAAGGCUGAGCUACAGAGCCAGAGAAAAGGACGUGGAGAGGUUCUUUAAAGGCUACGGGAAGAUUCUGGAAGUCGACCUGAAGAACGGGUAUGGGUUUGUUGAGUUUGAUGACCCCCGUGACGCAGACGACGCUGUGUAUGACCUGAACGGCAAAGAGUUGUGUGGAGAACGGGUCAUUGUGGAACACACCAAGGGACCUCGUCGUGAUGGAGGCUAUGGUGGACGGAGUGGAUAUGGGCGCUGGGGAAGAGACAGAUAUGGUCCACCUAUAAGGACAGAUUAUCGGCUCAUUGUUGAGAAUCUUUCCAGCCGCUGCAGCUGGCAGGACUUGAAGGACUACAUGAGACAGGCAGGGGAGGUGACUUAUGCUGACACCCACAAAGGCCGGAGGAACGAGGGGGUGAUUGAGUUCAGGCUCUACUCUGACAUGAAGAGAGCUCUGGAGAAGCUGGACGGCACAGAGGUGAACGGCAGAAAGAUCCGGCUCAUCGAGGAUCGACCUGGAGCCAGACGCAGCCGCCGCUCUUAUUCUCGCAGUCGCAGCCGCUCCAGGUCUCGCUCCAGGAGCCGCAGGUCUCGCAAGAGCCGCAGCCGCAGUGAGAGCAGCAGCCGCAGCCGCUCCCACUCCAGGGCGGCGUCUCGCUCCCGCAGCCGAUCUCGUAGCAAGAAGAACAAGGGCAAGAGCAAGAAGGAGGAGGAGGAGCGCAGCAACGGCGCCCAGAAGAGCAAAGACCGCAGCAGGAGCCGCAGCCCCAAGAGCAAAAAGAUCAAGAAAGAAGGGAAGAAGGGCAAGAAGGACGACUCCAGGUCCAGGUCUCGCUCUCGCUCCAGGUCUCGUUCUAGAUCAGGGAUUAAGGAUCGCUCCAGGAAGUCUGGCUCAAAGGGCCGCGAGCAGCCAAAGAGUGACGACGAGGGAGGCGAGCCAGAGAGGGGCUCUCGCUCUCGCUCCCGCAGCCCCGCUGAGUCCAAAUCCAGAGCCAGGUCUAAAUCCAAGUCCAAAUCCAAAUCCCGUUCCCCUUCACCUGCCAAAGCCCGCUCCCACUCCAGGUCUGCCUCACGGUCAGAGUCCCGUUCCAAAUCCCGCUCCCAGUCUCGUUCUCGCUCUCGUUCCCGCUCCUAGUUCACAUUUUGGACUGUUUGUCAUGAGCCCUUAUCCCAAUUGCCCCCCCUCCCCACGUCCUUGACUUACAUUCCCCAGACCCCACAACACUGCCCCC